AUGCUUUGGUCGGGGCAGGAAUUUGGCCCGAGGAGGGAAGCCUGGGAUCUGCGCGAGGUAUCGAUGGCGUUUGCCAGAAGGAAUGCUUUGGUCGGGGCAGGAAUUUGGCCCGAGGAGGGAAGCCUGGGAUCUGCGCGAGGUAAACAGCGGCCAUAUCGAUGGCUUUUGCCAGAAGGACUGCUGUGGUCGGGGAAGGAAUUCGGCCCGAGGAGGGAAGCCUGGGUUCUGCGCGAGGCCGGCAAAGACUUGCCCGAUAUCAAAGGCAGCGUGUUCUGGGAGACAUCUGUUGCAACAGCGGGAGGCGACAGCCCCUUCCGGCAAAAGACGAAAUCAGCUGCGCGCGCUCUACCGAUGACGCUGCCGGCCGAUCCCGCCCUUUUUGCGCACCACAUGAAGAACAAAAAGACUCCCGUUGCGUUCAACAGCUUUGGAGGGACGUUGUUAGUAAUUCCUCCGGACACGGGCAAAAACUUCUCGCACUUGGCCACAUUCUACAAACACAGUUCAGACGCCGAGAAGCGCGCUUUGUGGAAGAAGGUAGCUGUGGAGCUGCAGCGCAAACUUAAGAGGGGCGAAACGGUGUAUGUGAGCACGCAUGGAACAGGGGUAAGCUGGCUCCACGUGCGGCUGGCUUCAAGGCCGAUGUACUACGUCACCUCGGUUGCUUAA